CCCGUACGGUCCGUACAUCCGUCUCGUCGACGCUAAACAGUAAACCCUAUCGAUCACUCCUUCCCACCGCCGCGAUGUCGCCUCCGCCUCCACCGGCGUCCCCCUCCACGGAGGAGCUCGAGGCCGAUCUCUCCGCCGCCACGAUCAGCAAGAAGCAGCUCAACAAGGAGGCCCGGAAGGCCGCAAAGCCUGCCAAGGCUGAAAAGGCAGGGAAGAAGGCCGAAAAGUUUGAGGCGGUAGAAGCUGAUCCCUUCGCGGCCAACUACGGCUACCAUGAGAUCCAGUCCAAGGGCAUCUCCGGCCGGUCCUGGACCGACGUCGGCGACCUCGACGAGGCCGCGGCGGGCCGCUCCGUGCUGGUCCGCGGAUUUGCGGAGAGGUUCCGCCCGGUCAGCAAUAAGAUGACCUUCAUCGUGCUGCGCCGGCAGAUGAGCACCGUGCAGUGCGUGCUCGUCGCGAACGCCGACGCCGGCGUCAGCACGCAGAUGGUGCGGUUCGCCACCUCCCUCAGCAGGGAGAGCGUCAUUGACGUCGAGGGCGUCGUCUCUGUCCCCAAGGAGCCCCUCAAGUCUACGACACAGCAGGUGGAGAUUCAGGUCAGGAAGGUCUACUGCAUCAGCGAGGCGAUCGCCGCACUUCCAUUCAACCUCGAGGAUGCAGCCCGUAGUGAAGCAGAAUUUGAGAAGGCUGAGCAGGAAGGGGAGAAGCUGGUGCGUGUUUGCCAGGACACAGGGUUGACCUAUCGAGUUGUCGAGCUGCGGACAGCCACGAACCAGGCAACCUUCCGUAUCAAAUCCGAAGUUGAAAUGAUAUUCAGAGAAUAUUUAUACUCAAAGAGUUUUAUUGGGGUCCACUCUCCCAAGUUGAUUUCUGGAUCAAGUGAAGGCGGUGCAGCUGUAUUCGAGCUACAGUACCAUGGCCAGCCUGCUUGUUUAGCCCAAUCUCCUCAGUUAUACAAGCAGAUGUAUAUUUCUGGUGGGUUUGGCCGUGUGUUUGAGGUUGGUUCCAUAUUUAGAGCAGAGAAUUCAAACACCCACAGGCAUCUGUGCGAGUUUACUGGACUAGAUGCAGAAAUGGAGAUUAAUGAGCAUUACUUUGAGGUUUGUGAUAUUAUAGACGGCUUAUUCGUAGCAAUAUUCAAACACUUGAAUGAAAAUUGUAAGAAUCUACUCGAGAUAAUAAACAAGCAGUAUCCAUUUGAACCACUCAAGUACCUUGAGAAAACCUUGAAGAUAACAUACGAGGAAGGGAUUCAAAUGCUGAAGGACGCUGGAACUGAAAUCGAACCUAUGAGUGACCUCAACACUGAAGCUGAGAAAAAACUUGGUCGGCUUGUUAAGGAGAAGUAUGGCACAGAAUUUUUCAUCCUCUAUCGGUAUCCUUUGGCCGUGCGCCCUUUCUACACCAUGCCUUGCUAUGAGGACCCUGCUUACAGCAACUCUUUCGAUGUCUUCAUCCGAGGCGAGGAAAUCAUUUCUGGAGCUCAAAGAAUUCACACGCAUGAGUUGCUGAGGAAACGUGCAAUCGAGUGUGGAAUUGAUACGAGUACUAUAUCAUCAUACAUUGAAUCAUUCAGUUAUGGUGUUCCUCCUCAUGGCGGUUUUGGUGUCGGGUUAGAGAGAGUGGUGAUGCUUUUCUGCGCGCUUAACAACAUCAGGAAGACAUCGCUUUUCCCUCGCGACCCGCAAAGGCUCACGCCAUAAGUUUCUUUUGUCAGACAUACAGCUUGUGCCCAUGCUUUCAUGCUCGUGGAACUAAUUCCAGUUAGAUUUUGCUCGUGUAAGUGGGCUCUGGGGACAUGCGCUAUGGCAGCAGCAGCCAGGAGGUGGCGCGCCUGUGUCACUAUGCGGUGGCUUAUACUGUGCAUCAACAAGAGUAUGUUGUCAAGUGUUGGUGUACAUCAGCAACUAGGACGUAUCCUGAGAAUUGGGGAAAUCAGUUUAAGUAUUGUUAAUUAAUGUGCAGGUCCAGAAGACUCAUGUUGACGAAGUAGAAUAAUUAGGGUUCAGAAGAACUGGGUUGUAUUUCCAUGGCUUGUUCAGUAAAAUGCUGGCAUGAUCCUAUAUUUUCUU